UGUGUCACUGUGUGUAGAGGUCAGAAGACAAAGGAAUCAGUUAUCCCCGCCAUGUGGGUGGGUCCAGGGAUUGAACUCUGGUAGUUGGGUGGAAAGCACCCUUUGGCCCUGUAAUUGCCCCCUUUGUGGUUCAGCAUUCUUCUACUUUGAAGGUGGCCACAGGGCAGCUAACUAGAGCCCUGGCCAGACUUCCGUCAAAUGUCGUAUGGUCAUUGUAUUGAUCUAACACAGCACUGGCUGAAUGGGGCCUCCAAGUGAGGCCUGCCUUGCCCUGCUGCCUUGCCUCCCUGUGGGCUUCCUCUCCCCUCUGGACUCUUGGGAUACUCCUUAUCCUCCACACAGGUCCUGAGGCAUGUUCCUGGCAGACUGGCAUCUCUUGGACCACCCUCCUGGAAGUAACCACAGUCCUUGCUUCUCUGGCAUAUGGACACUUUUAAGAGAUUCUGGCCUGGAGGUGGUGGCGCACCCCUGUAAUUCUGGGACUCAGAAGCAAGGCGAACCUGGGCUAUACAAUGAUACCCUGUCUCAAAGAUAACAUUGGAGCAGGAGAGAUGGCUCUUGCAAAGGACCUGAUUUCAAUUCCCAACAACCACAUGGUGGCUCUGAACCAUCUGUUAUUCCAGUUCCAGGGGGUCUAACACCUCUUCAGGUCUUUGGGGCACCAGGCACACAAUUGAUGACAUGCAUGCAAGCAGAACCCCCAUACACAUAAGAUUUAAAUGGAAAAGUAAACCAUUGUCAGCAUUGAAACCUGCUCUGUUCGGUACCUGAUGCUGUUGGACUCAUCCCAUGUGGACCCACACAUCUUGCUCCAGCUAGGAUGAUAGAACACACACACACACACACACACACACACACACACACACACACACACACACACACCAUCCCCCAGAGAACCAUGUCAAGUUUAUUAAUGGCUUGGGCCAGUUGCCAUUUUGGCCCUGAUAGUGAUUGACAGUAACCCUAAAGGUCACAGGUCAGUCUGGUCCAUCUUUGUGGGUCCAAUGGAUGAUAGAGCCCUAGAUACAUCGAGUUUGUAAGAUGUGCUCUUCCUUCCCUGGCCUGAGGCUCAGGGUGGUGCACUGAGGAUGCCUUCCUUUGUUGCCUGGGGAUGAAACAAGGUGAAGGAGUUGCCCUCUAUUGGUUGGAUUGACCAAAGUGUUCAGUGGAGCCACAUACUCUGUAGAAGCCCACAUGGUUUAGGGCUGGGAACUGGACUGCUAGCAGAAUCCACCUACAUGGGUCUCUGCUCCCUGGAAGUUUGCAAAACUUGUACUUGCAUCAAACUCCACAACGCUCUGUGGUGAUCAGCUGGCACUAGAAGAGGAAGCUGUUUAAGCCAUUCCUAGAAUGGAAACAUACCAUUCCUGGUCCAGGAACCCAAGACCCUAGGGCUUCAAAGUUCAAGACCAGGUGAUCCUGAGCACUAUGGAGGUCAUUCCUCAGGGUUGUGUUUGCAUCUCACAUGUUUAGGGAGCAGGGGAGAUCUCAGAUAUAAAGCUGUCUGAAGGUUUUCCAAGCGUUAUAACACCCCUUUGUUAAUGUGAGGCAAUUGACGGGCCAUUGAACUAUACCCUCACCUAUUUAUGUUCCUCCUGUCAUAACCCACUGUAUGGGCAUGUAUGUCGUCUUCUGGGGUUCUGUGAGCAAAGAUGCUGAUGCCAGUUUCUGACCCAGCAUCUAGAUAUUAACAGCUAGGAUGUUAACUUAGAAGCAGAAUGAAAUAAGUUCUGGACUGAUAACUGAGUGGAAGCCCAGCUUGGCCCCUUAGCACAUUCCCAGAUUUGCUGAUCAGUGUCUCAGGGGCCACUGCUGUUUAUGGUAGUCACAGGCCAGUAUAGUGCUUCAGUCUGAUGAAAAAGAAAACAGUCUCUGUGUGUGUGAGUCCAUCCAGCUGCCUGGAUGUGGCUGAAUGGGGAUAAUGUUUAUAGGAGCUGGCUGUUCAUGGAAACCCCAGGAGAGACUAAACCAGCCCUCCUCAUACUCACUUUUCCAGUCAAACAUGACCUCAAGCAUGUAGGAGGAACCUCAGGCAUAUAGAUAUCCAACAACUGGGUCCCUCAGCAUCUUGCCUUCCCUGCCUACUCUAAUUGUUGACCAGAAACAUAUUUGUGAAUUGAAAUAACAAAAUCCCAGGGUUCGAGUGAGCCCCCGAGGAUGCCCUUCUCCAGGUGAGAAUAGAGAGGUGUGGAUUUGUUGGAGUGGGUAUGACCUUAUGGAGGAAGUGUGUCACAGUUAUACACAGUUUCAAAACACCCUGUGAGUGCUAGCAAUUGAACCUGGGUCUUCUGCAAGGACAAGUGCUCUUGACUGUUAAGCCCCUCACUGUGGUAUUUUCAGACAGGUCUUACUGUGUAGCUCAGACUGACCUCUAAUUAGUAAUCCUCCACCACUCCUCCUUUUCCAGUGCUUGACUUACAGGCCACUUGCUCACCUUUGCACAAGGGGAAACAGGUCCGGAGUGGUUAGUGAGGGCUAAUUGAGGUGUCCCUGUGGGCACUCCCCAGUCAGGUAAACCGGGAGGCGUCACCAGAUGACAGUACGCACCACUAUGAGUCACAUGUCUGGGUGAAGAGCAAGGCAGGCAGGGUCUCCACCCUCAUGGAAUUUAUCUCCUGCCUGGACAGACUUUCCCCCCUUGAUACAGGCCAAAGGUCCCCACCCUCCCUCCUAAUCUCGGCCUCUCUUAUCUUCCCACUCUGACUUCCUUAAAGAUGCUUGGACAUCAUUCCUGCCUCAAGGCCUUUGAACCUCUGAACCUUCCUAUCUUCAUUCACUUUUAUCUUUUUUUUUUUCAUGUUUUUUAGAGAGAAAGUUUCUCUGUGUGUUUGUCUGUGUGGGCCAGCUGUCCUGGAACUUGCUCUGUAGACCAGGCUGGCCUCGAAUUCAGAGAUCCGCCUGCCUCUGCCUGUGUUACCAUGCCUGGCCCAAUUUACUUCUAUCUAUAAGAUUGUUAUUUUUAUUGAGGAUUUAACCUAGGACCACUUGUAUGCUAGGCAAGUGAUCAACCCUUGAGAUAAACCCCAACGACCACCACCCUUUUUACCUUUGGGUCAGGGUCUCCCUAAGGUGUACAGACUGGCCAGGAACAUACUCUGUAGUCCAGGCAGGCCUUGUUUGUAGUCUUGAAACUGCACAGCAGGGGCUGGCCCCUGUGUUGCCUCCACUCAGGAUCACCUCAGUCACACAGCAAGCCUGAAGCCAGCCCCCACUGUUGGAAACCCAGCCUCCCAACUACAGGCAACCAACCACAGCUCCAGUGAGGUUUCCACUUGAAAAUCUACCCUCUGCCUAGCACACCACACACUUAGUGCUCCUCUGCUCCACUGCAUUCCUCAGCUUUUAUUCCUGUGGGUGGAAUGGGUAUUAGGUUUUGGAUACAGAAUCCACUUAUGUUAAGACAAGUUUUGGUUAUAUGAGUUCCAGGCCAGAUAGGUCUACAUGAGACCCCUGUAGGGGACUAGAGGGAUGGCUAAACAGUGAAGAGCACUGGCUGCUUUUCCAGAGGCCAUGGGUUCGAAUCUCAGCACCCACAUGGUGGUUCACAACUGUAACUCCAGCUCCAGGGGAUCUGACACUGUCUUCUGACCUCUUCAGGCACCAGGCAUGCAUAGACAAAACAGCUAUAUAUGUAAGAAUUUAAAUUUUAAAGAGGGGAGGUGGUGAAGAGCAUUUACUAUUCCUGCAGAAGAGUGCGGUUUGGUUUCUAGCACCCACUGUGGCUCAAAAACACUUGUGACUCCAGUUCCAAGGGAUGGCAACCCUCUUCUGGCCUCCACAGAUACCGGCACACACACAUGUAAGCAUUCACACAUGCAUAAAAUUUUUAAAAUCUUUUUAAAAAGUAUUUUAGAGGCGGGGCAGUGACACACCUUUCAUCCCAGCACUGGGGCAGCAGAGGCAGGUGGAUCUCUGUGAGUUCAAGGCCAGCCUAAUCUACAGAAAAGUUCCAGGACAACCAGGGCUGUAUUAGGCAGAGAAACACUGUCUCAAAAAAACAAGAAAAAACAAGUAUUCCAGAUAAUGAUAAGCACCAAACUUGUGCUGGAAUGACGGGGCCUGCAGCAACUAGGGCAGGCAUUUCUGCAAAAUGACACUGAAGCGGGCAUCUGGAGCGGCACGUGCUCGUUAUGAUACGAGUAGGCAUUUGUUUUUCAUAUUUUUCUAUUACAGUUCUCUCUCUUUGUGUGCAUGUGCCCGGAUGUGCACCUGUGGUACCAGCGUCAACUUGCAGGAGCUAGUUCUCUCCUCCAUGUGGGUCUUAGCGAUUGAACUCGGCUCACUAGCCUUGGCAAGUGUCUUUACCCAAUGGGCCACCUCACCAGCCUCAUUUUUUUGAGACAGGUAGAGCCCUGGUUGUAGCUCUGGUUGUCCUGGACCUCGCUCUGUAGCCCAGGCUGGCCUCGAUCUCAGAUAUCUGCCUGCCUCUGCCUCCCGAGUGCUAGAAUUAAAGGUAUGUGCCAUGACACUCUGUCAUGCUAUGUAGCCCAAGCUAUAGCAAAACUUUAAAUCCUCCUGAGGUCUCCUGAAGAGUGGAAUUACAGUCCUGCAUCACUGUGCCCAGCUUGGAGCUAAUGUUUGUGAUCAAAAAAGUUAGAUGGUGAAGCCCAGUCCUAAAUGUGAUGGUUUUGAAGAGGUACUGUUGAAGGUAAUAGGAUCUUGAGAGUGAAACUCCCCAUUGGGAUUAGAGCCAUUAGGAAGAGAACCUGCAUCCAGACAUAAGAAAAACCAAGACAAACUGGCAGGAUGCAGGCCAUCUCCACACUAGGGGUCUGUCUCUGUUCUGGCACCAAGCUCUCAGCCUCGACAGCUAUAAGGUAAAUUACUGUUCAAGCCACUUACCUGCUGUGUUUGUUUUAACAACCCAAAUUAAGACACCUGCCUUUAUCAAAACAACACAACACAUUUCACAAGCACUUACUCUGCCAGGCACCAGUCUAGGAAUUUAACCCAUCUGCCUUGUCUUCCACCAUCACCCCAGGGUGCAACUUUGCUGAGGCCUUCUUCCUUCCGGCUGCCACCAAGCUGCACUAGUUUGGGAUCCAAAUCCCUGACACUACUUUUCUCAGGCCGAGGGGCCGGGAACCGAGCCCCCCCCCCCCCCACGCUCCCAGGAUGGUCUUUAACUUUGUUCAGUGUACAUGGAAAGACAGGCCUCAACCCUUUCCCCAGAACCCACAGCCACCCCCACCUCCAUUGCGCACAGAGGGAAGUCUGGGUGGGGCUGGGAGCGGCAGUGCAAUGAGUGAGUCAGGGCCUGAGUUGAGGGGUGCAAAGGUCCGGAGGGUGGGGCUUCGCAGAAUUCCUGGGGGGGGGGCAGGUCUCGCGGCCCCACCCCCUGCCCCAGGCACUGCCUAAGCCUUCAGACCUUCCAGACAGCGAUCAUCGCCAUGGAUUUCGACCUGUCCGCAGCCCUGGGCCCUGGUUCUAAGAAGCCAGAGGGGACAGGUCAAGUGGGAAACCCCAAGCACUGUCCCCCUAAAGCUCCGGGCCGACCAGAGGCAGGCACUGCUCACAAGCCAAGGCAUGGCUCCGGCAGCUCCUCUGACUCCAGCAGCAGCAGCAGCUCCAGCGACUCAGAGGGGGAGGGAAAGAAGCACGCCACCGGCUGCAAGAAGCAUGAACGUUCCUCGGACAAGGCCAAGAAACCCAAGGUGAAGAAGGAGAAGAAGAAAAAAAAGGCGGCCCCCCACUAACCUA